AUGUCUUUGUUCGGGAGCCUCACACCAUACCACCUGCUCUUCUACUCGACGCUCCUCGGCGCCGAAUUGUUCCAGACCUUUGUCAACACCAAGAUCUGCUUCAAUGCCCUGCCACGUUCAGCAUUCACAACACUUCAGAAACGGAUCUUUCCCUUCUACUUUCGAGGACAAACACUCUUAAUCUUCCUCAGCGCCGUCACAUAUCCGCAGCACGGCUUACUCUCUCUGGUACGACAAAAGGGCGACUGGAUAUCGUAUGCUGUCGCGGGGACAACGGCUGUCCUGAAUCUUUUCGUGUUUGAGCCGAACACGUCUCAAACACGAGACGCAAAAGCCGACCCGCUCAGGAGCCAAAAUGCUAGGGGCAGUGAACCAUCUCCAGAUAUGCAGCGCCUCAGGAGGACAUUUUCGAAGAACCAUGCAAUGACUAUCCACCUCAACCUGAUAUCCAUCGGCGCGAUGCUCUUCUACGGGUGGAGGCUGGCGUUAAGGCUGAAUAUAGACCCUGCGCAGUAGUUGAUGGGGCUAUCGUUGGAGGUUGAUUGCAUUGGUCAUGUUUUUGGUGCGGCUUUGGGAUACGGUCGACAGGCAAGAGUUGAUGUAGUGUCCGUAGGCCUAGGGAUCCCGCGAGAGAGCGGACGUAUUAGACCCGAUGGUGGAUUUGAGUCUGAAGUGGUACGAACUGGAGACUAAGGGGGAACGAAACGUGACAGAAGUACGCAACUGUCAGCUCCAGUUGAUGUAAGAUGCAAAGGGACGAGGGAGAUGAGAUCGACCGCAUCGUCCUGGGGGCCAAGGGGCAGGUAUUAGUGUGAGGGACGCGUUAAAAUGGCAUUGAAAAGGACUGUUGAGUCCUUGGUCAGAAGUGUAAGCCGGGUCCAAAAGGGAACAAAAUGCGUAGAUGACCGAGAGCACAUUACGAUUUGAAAAUGAUCAACAGUUUGAAACCUCG